AGAGAGACAUAAUAGUUAAACUCAGAGUACAAAUGUAAACUUUACAUGCCGCACCUUUAGAGGGCGAUGGAAGACCUUCAUUGUGAGAUAUUUGCUGUAGAAGAAGAGAGUCUGACAGCGACAACGAGCACUAAAGUCUUUUAAAACCCAUCAUCAUGACAACAGUCCAAGUGCCUGCUCCGGUUCCAGGUGAGUCGUCGUGGAUCUCCGCGUCUCCCGGUGGUCUGUGGGAGGUGCGCCGAAGGUGGCUUGGAGAAAGAAAACGAGGGGACAUCACGCCGAUGAUGGGCUCCCUGUGUAAGGUCAAGGUGCAGCGAAGUACUGUUACGGAUGGAAACACACUACAUACUGCUUCUGAAGAGCAGGAAUCAACAGCCAGCGUUGAUUCUAGCGAGCUAGCUACCUCAUACCCCCGCUCGCAGGACUCUGUGCUGCAGCUUCCACUGGAUGAGUGGUUCUUGUUGCGCAUGGGCGAAGGGCAGUGUGACAUUACAGAGGGCUGCCUGGAAGGGAUGAGGGCUGGAGAGAUGUGUGAGUUUACAAUAAGUGCCUGGAAUGCAAAGAACUCUAAAGCAGCAGGCAGUGAUGCUAAUGGUACCCAGACUGAAAAUACAACAGAGCAGGGAUCGUCUCAGCACUCUGACUGCUUUACACUCCAGCUUCACUCUUUAACCCCUGGGCAGGAGUCUUGGCAGAUGACACCUGGAGAGAAAUGGGCUUGGGUGCUGUCUCACAAGCAAAGGGGUGGUCAGCGGUUUGGGACAGGAGAUAUCUGGGGUGCGACAGACUGCUACUGCAGAGCUGUGAAGCUGGCAAUAACUUUAAAUGGCAAGACAAGAAGAAAGCCAAUGGACGAAGCAUUUAAAGAAGGUGUGGAUGGAGAGGACGAUGAUGAUGCAGCUUUGACACCAUGCUUUGAUAAAGAAAAUGAGCAGGCAGAAGGUGCUGAUGUCUGCAUUCCAACUGAAGAAGAGUACAAAACUGUAAAAGCAGAAAUUCACUGCAAUCUUUCUUUAUGCCAACUUAAGUUAGGCCAGCUUGGUAAGUCCAGAGACAGCAGUAUCAAGGCCACUGAGCUGAACCCAAACAGCACUAAGGCCUGGUACCGACUUGGGCAAGCUUGCCUGCAGCUGGGCGAACUGGAGGAAUCUCGCAUGGCCUUUGGAAAGAUUCUGGAACUCCAACCUGAUUCUGCAUCAGCUCGCACUGCUCUGAAACAAGUGAACAACAGAUUAAAGGACUUAGACAGUAAACUCGGUCAAAGGCUGAGCAAGAUGUUUAACUAGAAAAUAACUGAAAAUUGGGAAUAACAAAAGCAGAACAUGUGCAUAUGUAUAAAAAUGAUAACAACAGUAAAGUGCCCAGAAGUUGUUUUUGGUCUUUCCUUGUAGCUUAACUUCAAUGUUUAAAACUUGAAGUAUGUUUACCGUAUGGGUAGUAUAUAUACUAUCUUAAAUGUUCAAUGUUGUAAUUUGUCAAUGUUUAAACCUACAUAAACUUGAAAGUUGUGCAAAGUCAUAAGACUGCUUAGGACAUUUACUGAAUGUACUAAAGUUUUGUUUAUUUUUGUAUAAUAAGAAUAUACUGCUUUGAGGUUUUGUUCUAAAACAUGUUUUCAUUCCAGAUUUAUAACUGCUGUAGAAAAUGAUCAAAAGCCAAGUAUACUGCAUUCUUGCAUCAAGUGACA